AUGGUAUUCUCCGAUCACGUCUUCGCGACCAAGUCUGGCGUCGAGCUCGAGCUGCGCGUCUUCCGCGCCCGCGGCCUCAAGGAGGGGGAGAAGGCGCCGUGGCUGUUCUGGUCGCACGGCGGUGCCUUCCUGUUCUGCUACCACCUUGGCGUCACGACAUGGGCAUACCAGAACUUCCUCGACAGGGGCUACCACAUUGUCUCGUGGGCGUACCGCCUGGCACCCAUCGCCUCUGUCGCCGACAUGGUCUCUGACGGCCAAGACGCCUUUGACUGGUGCCGGGCCAACCUCGAAACCACCCUAGCCAACACGGUCGACGUGGACGCCUACGUCGUGGGCGGCGACAGCGCCGGUGGCUGCCUCGCCACUCUCCUCGGCGGCAUCCUCACCCCGCCUCCACGGGCCGUCCUGGACGACCAAGGGAUCACCGACCUCUCGGACCCGUGGUUCGACACGCACCCAGACCCGGUCGUUCCUUACUCUGGCGAAUUCACAGACGACGAGAUCGCGGCUGCUGUGGCGGAACGUGAUCCGUCCAAGGCGAUCACUGGCGCCGCGUGUCCCAACGACGACAGCCCAGAGCUCGAAACCGAAGCCGAGGUUCGCGCGUCGUUCCAGUCAUCCACAGUCAGAUUCGGCCGCGCCGAGCGGCUCCAGCUCGACGUCCGCCGGUCCAUCUGCUCCAAGUCGGCGUGGGUGCGCGCCACGGUCCAUCCGGAGAAGUACGGCACGGAGGACGAAGUCAAGGCGGCCGAACGCGAGUGGUCAAGUCUGUACAGGCUCGACAGGCUCAGCACCUAUCCGCCCACAUUCUUCCUGCAUGGAGACAGCGACGAGUGCGUGCCAGUGUGGCAAAGUCGGAAAAUGGCGGCCAAGUUGAGGGAGAUGGCGGUCGAGGUUGGCGAGCACUAUGAGCCUGGUGUCGGGCACUGCUUCAACCAUAGGUUUACGAAUGACAAGACAGCCGAAGGAUUUGACAACUGCGUGACGGCUCCCCUAGACUUUAUCGACAAGCACGUCAAGCGCGUCAACCGUGUCUAG